AGCGGGGAAUGUUUUUUGAAAUCAAAUAUGGACCAGCUACAAAAGAUGAUUGCAUACGGAAAGAUAUGAUAAAGUUGGCACACAACUAUUGUGUUCGUGGGAAAUCAAGAAAUAUUAUUUUUAGUAGCGGCGCAAAGAAUGCCUUUGAAUUGCGAGGACCCUACGAUGUGGCAAAUUUGUCAUACAUAUUUGGAUUAUCAGAGGAUCAGGGGAAGAACGCCGUGGAUAAAUCGUGCAGGCAAUUAUUUCUGAGAGCUGAAUCUCGUCGUAUUGGCAAAACAAUUAUGACUUUAAAGGCUUCAGGGCCUGUGAUGUUUUCCAAUAUCUCUGAAGAGAAGGAAGAGAUGCAUGAUUAUAAACAAAGAUGCUAUAAUUUUAGUACCGUAAAGGAUGAAUCUGAAAGUGAUUCACUAGAAACCCCAAGCAAAAAGAAAUUAAAAUUGCUGUGAAAUUUGUAAAUUAAUUUUCCACUGAGAGGUUACAAUAAUCAAAAUUAUCAGCGGAGUGACUAUUGACACACAA